ACAUGCAGCAGUAUGAGAGUGCCAUGAGCUGGCGGGCUCAUGACGGCGAGGUUUACAGCGUGGAGUUCAGCUACGAUGAGAACACCGUGUUCAGCGUGGGCGAGGACGGCAAGCUGACCAAUGGGGAGCCGGCUCUGGACCGGGUGCUGUCGCUGGGCGGGCACAAGGCGCCGGUGGUGACGGUGGAUUGGUGCUCGGCGGUGGACUGCGGCACGUGUCUGACGGCCUCCAUGGACGGGAAGAUCAAACUGAGCACGCUCCUGGCUCAGAAGUCCUGAGGGAUGAGACCUUUAGGGUCGGAGGUCAAAGGUCAAAUCUGCUAAAACCAAAUCAGCAUUAAAAUCUGACUGCAGCAGGUG